ACGUCACGUAACCCGGAUGUAUAAUUCAGCACGAUUAGCGUUCUUGUUAGCAGCUGUUGUACACAUGCUAAUUUAAGUUGAUUCAUGACAAUUUUAUGCCAAUAUUUACGUUUUUAUUGUAAAAGAACCUAAAUGUAAGGACUUAAUCCCUUUUUAAAAUGUUAUAUAAGGACUUUGCGGAGUGUUUUGAAACUUCGUAAAUGUAACCUGCCGGCUAACUGAACUGAACUGGUGACAACAACAACAACUGCAUCGCUUGUUGUUUUCGUCUCGACAUUUUCGGCCGCUUCCUGAAACCAUGAGCACAACCGCGGAGGCAAAACCGUCUCUGCGUUUUGGCCAGGUGGUCAUCGGACCUCCCGGCUCAGGGAAAACCACAUACUGCCAAGGAAUGCGCGAGUUCUUGAGCACCAUGGGACGCAAGGUGGUGGUGGUGAACAUGGACCCCGCUAACGAGGAGAUGCCGUAUCCCUGCGCGGUGGACAUCUCGGAGCUGAUCACUCUGGAUGAAGUGAUGGACAGCCUGAAGCUCGGGCCCAACGGUGGCCUUCUCUACUGCAUGCAGUACCUGGAGGCCAAUUUGGACUGGCUGGAGAGCAAGCUGAAGCGGCACGGUGACUGUUACUUCCUGUUUGACUGUCCUGGACAGGUGGAGCUUUACACUCACCAGAGUUCAGUCAAGAACAUAUUCUCCCAGCUGGGAAAGUGGAACUUCCGGCUGACAGCAGUGCACAUUGUGGACUCCCACUACUGCGCUGACCCAGCUAAGUUCAUCUCUGUUCUGUGCACCUCUCUGUCCACCAUGCUGCACGUGGAGCUCCCCCACGUCAACGUGCUCUCAAAGAUGGACCUGAUCGAGCAAUACGGCAAACUGGCCUUCAACCUGGACUUCUACACGGAAGUGAUGGACCUGACCUACCUUCUGGAUCACCUGGCCACUGACCCGUUCUUUAAAAAGUUCCAGCGCUUGAAUGAAAAGCUGGCAGAGGUGAUCCAGGAUUACAGCCUGGUCUCCUUUGUACCUCUGAAUGUGCAGGACAAAGAGAGCAUGAUUCGGGUCUUACGAGCGGUGGACAAGGCCAACGGCUACUGUUUUGGAGAUUUGGAGGAGAGAAAUCUACAGGCUAUGAUGUCAGCUGCGGUGGGGGCAGACUUCCAUUUCAACUUCACACUUGGAGUUCAAGAGAGGUAUGUUGAAACUGGUGGAAGGACCGUGGAGGAGGAAAUGAUGGAGCUGUAAAUGAAGACUCAGAAGAGAAGGACCGCCGUACAUUUGAAGACUCUUAUUCAAGUUCUCAUCUCACUGCCAGGAUUUCACUACUGCUAUUGAAAAAAAGGGAAGCCAGUGAGAAAAUGAAAGCUAACUUUGCUGUGAAAUAUCACCUCAAAUGAACCACAGAAGAGAGCAUUCAGUUCUUCUAAUAAAAAAGCUUUUUGGUCCUUUGUUUUAUGAAAUACACUUUUGUAAAUAAAGCUUUUCUUUUGAAAGGUG